AAAAGUUAAUAGAAUAGGUGCAGAGAAAAAAACAAAAAACAAGAAUGUUUGAAAAUAAGCGUUCUUGCUCACUGCAUCAAUGAAACAUUUAGCAAGAGCAGGCCUACAAUUUUUUGUUUGUUUGUUUCCUUGAUAGGCUUAUGAUGCCCCCUGGUGUAAUAGUUGUAUAACGCAGUACAACACACUACUGGUCUCUAUAACCACUGUCAAUUUAGUCCAAAAAAUCGCGGAUGAUUUAGGAUUAGUUGUUUGCAUGGUUCUUGUAAUUAACAUUUGUUGUUUUUGUUGUUUUUUAAAGCAGAGUUACUCCCAAGGCAAAGACGUGUUGUUUUUAUGCGUGAACGCUUGUGAACGGGUCCUCUACGUAACGUGGAAGGCUGAGGUAUACGCAUGCGCACUCGCCUUUUCCACGUAGCUGCAUGGCAACAUGGUGGGGAACAGGAGAGAAGCUGCGGCUCCUAGAACAGCAAGUUGCAGACGCUGAACUUAAACUGGAUAAGACGUUUAUUAGCCAGUAAGCUUGCAAAACGUUGAAAGCACUUUUGCCACCAUGCUGCUGCAAAGACUGUCUGUGUGCUUCAAGCUGUCCGGCGGACCGAGGAGCCUCCAGACCUUCACAAGAUCUGCUUCACAGGGAAAGAUGCCGCUAGCGCGCGCCCAUGGUAAGUCCUUUGCUCACCGCAGUGACCUGCGCCGGGCCAAAAGGAUCGUGGUGAAACUGGGCAGUGCUGUGGUAACGCGUGGUGACGAGUGUGGCCUAGCGCUCGGGAGGCUCGCCUCCAUUGUAGAACAGGUGGCGAUGCUACAGAACCAAGGCAGAGAAAUGAUGAUCGUCACUAGCGGUGCUGUAGCGUUUGGGAAGCAGAGACUGAGGCAUGAAAUUCUGCUCUCUCAGAGUGUUCGACAGGCCCUCCACUCUGGACAGAAUCAGCUCAAAGACAUGUCUCUUCCUGUUUUAGAGGCGAGAGCAUGUGCAGCUGCAGGCCAGAGCGGACUGAUGGCUCUGUAUGAGGCCAUGUUCACUCAGUACAGCACCUGCACAGCACAGAUCUUGGUCACAAACCUGGAUUUCCACGACGAGCAAAAGAGACGGAACCUGAACAGCACCCUGCACGAGCUUCUGCGCAUGAACAUCGUGCCCAUCAUCAACACCAACGAUGCGGUGGUUCCUCCCCCAGAGCCCAACAGCGACCUGCAGGGGGUAAACGUCAUAAGCAUUAAGGACAAUGACAGUUUGGCAGCUCGGCUUGCUGUGGAGAUGAGGGCAGAUCUCCUCAUUGCGCUUUCUGAUGUGGAGGGCCUUUAUGACAGCCCUCCUGGAACAGAUGAUGCCAAACUACUCGACACUUUCUACCCCGGGGACCAGCAGUCUAUAACCUAUGGUACAAAAUCCAGGGUUGGCAUUGGUGGAAUGGAGGCUAAGGUGAAAGCUGCCCUUUGGGCUCUGCAGGGGGGGACGUCCGUAGUCAUUGCCAACGGCACCCACCCCAAGGUCACGGGCCAUGUCAUCACUGACAUUGUGGAGGGCAAGAAAGUGGGCACCUUCUUUUCAGAGGUCAAGCCUGCUGGGCCCACUGUGGAGCAGCAGACAGACAUGGCUCGCACUGCAGGGAGGGCACUAGCUUCCCUGCUCCCAGAGCAGAGGAGCGAAAUCAUUUACACCAUGGCUGACCUUCUGACUGAGAAGAGAGAAGAAAUUCUCUCGGCCAAUAAGAAGGACAUGGAAUUCGCUGUCAAUUCAGGACGCAUGCCGCCUCCCCUGCUGAAGCGGCUGAGCCUGUCCUCGUCUAAACUGAACAGCCUGGCCAUCGGCCUGCGGCAGAUUGCAGUGUCCUCUCAGGACAGCGUGGGGCGCGUGGUGCGCAGGACCCGCGUGGCCAACAAUCUGGAGCUGGAGCAGAUCACAGUCCCCAUCGGAGUGCUUCUCGUCAUCUUCGAGUCCCGCCCGGACUGCCUGCCUCAGGUGUCUGCGUUAGCUAUCGCUAGCGGGAAUGCUCUGCUGCUGAAGGGUGGCAGAGAGGCAGCUAACAGCAACCGUGUCCUGCAUGAGCUAGCCCAAGAAGCUCUGUCCAUCCACGGUGUCAGGGACGCCAUUCAGCUGGUGAGCACGAGAGAGGAGGUGGAAGACUUGUGUCGGCUGGAGAAGAUGAUUGACCUCAUCAUUCCCCGUGGCUCAUCCCAGCUGGUCAGAGACAUCCAGCGUGCUGCUAAGGGCAUCCCUGUGCUGGGCCACAGUGAGGGAAUCUGUCACGUCUACGUGGACCACGAGGCCAGCCUCGACAAAGUCAUUAAGAUUGUCAGAGACUCCAAAUGCGACUAUCCCGCAGCCUGUAAUGCUAUGGAAACGUUGCUGAUUCACAGAGAUGUGCUUCGAUCUCCUAUGUUUGACCAAAUCAUCGACAUGCUGAGAACAGAAAAUGUAAAGGUCCAUGCUGGGCCCAGGUUCGCGUCGUACCUCACCUUCAGCCCGUCGGAGGUGAAGUCCCUGCGCACGGAGUACGGAGACCUGGAGUGCUGCAUAGAGGUGGUGGAUGGCAUGCUCGAGGCCGUGGACCACAUUCAUAAAUACGGCAGCUCACACACCGAUGUCAUCGUUACUGAGAAUGAGGAGACAGCAGAGCAGUUCCUGCAGUUGGUGGAUAGUGCCUGCGUGUUCUGGAAUACCAGCUCACGGUUUUCUGAUGGAUACCGAUUUGGUCUUGGGGCGGAGGUUGGCAUCAGCACGGCCCGUAUCCACGCCCGCGGGCCCGUGGGGCUGGAGGGGCUCCUCACCACUAAGUGGGUCCUGCGUGGUGAUGGCCACACGGCUGCAGACUUCUCCGAACAGGGCAGCAUGAAGUACCUGCAUGAGAACCUCCCCGUUGCCCCAUCCCUGCAUGGACAGAGGACCUCUAACUAGAGCCACUCAAGACAAACAAACAAACAAACAGGGUCAAGGCACAGAGUCCACUAUUCAAAAGAGCCUCAUCUGACUUCUUAUUGGGAAUCCAGCAGUGUCUUUUUAAAGGUAGAGACACUCAUUAUUUUGUGACUUAUUUCUAAUAAGGUUUUAAAAUUUCGUUUGGGGGCAAUAAGAAGUCCUAAAACAGCUUUCAUAAUUGAUCACAUACAUCACCAUGUAAUUUAAUUUAUUUCUAGGUGCGUUUUAUUUGGCAAAAGCUAAACUUGAAGCCAGUUCAAAAACAUCUUUUCAAAAUUGUGUAUAAUCCUGUAUGUUGUAUGAAAACUGCUGAUGUGAUAUGCAGUGCAUAUAAACUUUAGAAACAUGCUUUUUGUUUAUGAUGAUCUGCGCUGUGAUGAUUCACAAACGGCUUAAGGGAGCUUACAACAUCUGCGCUUAAGACUCAAGUUACUGUUUGAGUGUGAGUGGACAGUUGCCAACAGGUACAGGCCUUUUCAAAUCGAUAUUUAAUCAGUGGUGAUAUCAUAUGCAAGGUCUUGUUGCCAAAAAGGAGAGAAUGUAAGUGCUAAAUAAGCAUCCUGUUUUACUGAUUAAACUUUAAAGUAACUGAUAUGAGGUUUAAAAAAAAAAACUAUCCCUCUUAGAAGUUCCAAAAGUGCUUUUAAAAUUUGAACUUUACAAAAUUAACAUUGAAGUGAGAGAAAAUGAAACCUAAAGGACAUGGCAGUUCCUGCUUCUGAUGUUCUUUUAUGCUGUUUCCCCCUUCAGUUCAGCGAUACAGUACACCUCUGUGUACCUCUGGGGUGUCUGUCUUUGCUGAUUUUAAACCGAUUGCCAGAGAUUUGGUUAUCUUUGUGAAAAUACUGUAACAUUCCAAAAAUAGUGGUGUUUUUGGUGGUAAGCAGUGUACACAGAAGAUGAUAAGGAAAUUUGUAUUAUAUUGGAAUUGUACAAUAAAUGUUUUGCAGAAUAA